AUGCCACUCCGCGCGGCGCCCCCGGCGCUUAAGGAUGCGGGCGCGUAUGUGCAGCGUGCGAACGAGGUCGAGGGCGUGGACCCUGUGGUAGCCUACUGGUGCAAGUAUUAUGCGGCGCAGCUCGGGAUUGCGCAGCCCAGCAGCGAUCCAGCGUCCAAGACCUACCUGCUCGAGCUGAUGGACGACCUCGAAAAGUGCAAAUCCGAGCUCGAGGAUAAUGUGGCCGUGACUGACGAUGCGGCGGGCCAGGCGUACGUCAUGAACUUUGCGUUGAAUAUAUUUUUGGGGGCGGAUAACGAGGACCGCGAGGGACGUGCGUCGAGGGGAACGGCACGGACGUUUGUCGCUGCAAGCCACUUUCUCGAGCUGCUCAAGGUGUUUGGCGAGGUCGACGAGGACACGCGCCACAAGAUCAAGUACGCCAAGUGGAAGGCCGCACAGAUCUCCAAGGCACUCCGCGAGGGCGUGAAGCCUGCGCCGGGGCCGGCGAAUGCAGAGGAGGACGAGGUGCUCGCGCAGCUCGUUACCCCGAUGCAAAUUGGCGAGGAAGCCGGCGGCGAGCAGGGUCCAGACGCCCAGGAUACUGCUGACGAGGGCACGAAUGCGGCCGAAACGCAUGCCAAGGACGUCGGACCCAGCGACCCCACGUCCUUGCCGUCCGCGCCACCGACGGACCACGCGCCAACGCUCCCUCCUCCGCCCACCUCGGACCUCGGCACGCCGUCCGCGCCUGCGGCUCCGUCGCCAGUCGGAGGCGCCCCCAAGCUUCCCACAGUCCCUCAGGACGAUGCGCGCUCGCCGCCCGUGCACGUCAUUGCGCCGAGCGCGCCCCCCGCUCCGUCGCCGGCGCCUACGGCGCCGCCCGCGCGCACGGCCCACGUGGCACCGACCGCCCCCCCUCCUGCGGACGAGCGCGAGUGUGCACUGAGUGUGACCGAGAUCGCCAAGGUGCAAAAGCUAUCGCGGUGGGCCUCGAGCGCCCUGGACUAUGAAGAUGUAGACACCGCGCGGACGCACCUGCGCGACGCGCUGAGGAUCCUCGACGCCGCGCAGGACGAUCCACGUGUCCAGACGAUGAUUGCUAGGACGUCUCUGAACCUGCUCCGCUCGGCCCCCCGCACUGCAGCCUGUGCUCCGCGCCUUCUGUCGACCUCGGCUGUGCGCCGCAGCUACGAGGACACGAUCAAGAACAUUUACGUGCAGAAGGACUCCAAGCUGAUUUGCCAGGGUUUCACUGGUAAGACCAGCACCUUCCACUGCCAGCAGGCUCUUGACUACGGCACGAACCUCGUUGGUGGUGUUUCGCCCAAGAAGGCCGGCACCACCCACCUUGGUCUGCCCGUUUUCGGUACCGUGCAGGAGGCCGUGGACAAGACCAAGCCCCAGGCGUCGGUGAUCUACGUGCCCCCGCCGGGUGCGGCUGAUGCGAUCAUCGAGGCUAUCGAGGCCGAGGUCCCCCUCAUUGUCGCCAUCACCGAGGGCAUUCCCCAGAAGGACGAGAUCCGCGUCGCCAACGUGCUCAAGCAGCAGAGCAAGUCGCGCCUGAUUGGUCCCAACUGCCCUGGUGUGAUCAACCCCGAGGGCUGCAAGAUUGGUAUCAUGCCCGGUCACAUCCACUCCCCCGGCAAGAUCGGCAUCGUGUCGCGUUCGGGUACGCUGACAUACGAGGCCGUCAACCAGACCACCAACGUCGGUCUCGGCCAGUCGCUCUGUGUGGGUAUCGGUGGUGACCCUUACCCCGGCUCCACCACGCUGGACCUGGUGAAGCUCUACCUUGACGACCCCAAGUCGGAGGGUAUCGUGAUCAUUGGUGAGAUUGGUGGCAGCAUGGAGGAGGACGCCGCGGAAUACCUGGAGAAGUACAACAAGACCAGGGAGAACCCCAAGCCGGUCGUUGCCUUCAUCGCCGGCCGCACUGCUCCUCCGGGCCGCCGCAUGGGCCACGCCGGUGCCAUCAUCAGCGGUGGCAAGGGUGGCGCCGACGACAAGGUCCGUGCGCUCACGCAGGCCGGUGCCGUGGUCGCGGACAGCCCCGCCAAGAUUGGUGAGCUGAUGCUCAAGGCCAUGAAGGACGCGGGUCGCGCCUAA